AUGGGGUCCCCAACGAAAUAUGACACCGAGUCUGGCUUGCGGUGGAAUCGAGUCGUACCUGCGUUCAAUCUUCUCCGCAAUGCAGGAUAUGAAGCCCAGCAGCCACAGCCAGAUGGCCGUCUGACUCGUUCUCUCUACGUCAAUGCUCUGGUUUACCUUCUCGAUGCUUUGCCUUCAGAUCUGACCGAUGAGGAAACUUCCAUGCUUCAGCGUCAUAUCCCGGAGCCGGUUAAAGCUGGGUUGACAACUUACCCCCAACCGUCCGGGUAUAUGGAUAGCGCGAAUAAAAUGAGCCCCCAGCCAAGAUCAUAUCUGCAUAAAAUUCUCGCCUCGGUAAUUGUGCAGCUCUUCAUUUUAUUGCGGUUGCUUCUACCAUAUGCAAAGGUGUUCAUUCUCCAACUAUAUGAGUAUGAGCACACACAUCGCAUCACCGAACGCAUCGUGACUACUACACUGGAGGCAGCUAACGGGCUGGCCAAAGGCAGUAUCAAUCUUGGAACUGCUGUUUGCAAAUUUAAUGAAGGGCGGGUUGGUGCUGCUAUCUCGAAUUUUGCAGCCUGGUGGAUGGAAGGUGUAGCUGGAGGGAUAUACGAGGGAGUUGGUGAGGGGAUGGUACAUUUGGGUCUCUCGGGAAAAGAAGAGGAUUUAGAUAGAAUUCCUUUACAAAUGAGUUAUGUCGAUAGAUCAUAG